CAUUAGUUCUCGCUUAGCCGCGGUCAAGGAAGGUCGCGCUGUCAAACCGCAAUCGUCACAUACCCGACACACUACACCCUCGCGUGACCUACGCCAACAUAUCGGCAUUUUGUACCAAAACAAUGGCGCGAUAAAAAAGAAAACAGUUAAAUGCACACUGGUUCGCGUUUCGUUUAAAUAGACUGCUGGAUUUUAAAAUAAUAGCGAAGGAUCUGGUGAAUAUUGUAUUUUAAAUAAGAACCUGGUAAAAGUGAACUUCGAAGAAAACAGAAAGAUCUGGUGGUCUAGUGUCAAUUUAAUCGCAAAACUACCUGUGAAUGUGUUAUAACAGAAGACAACAAUUUAAAAAAAAAAGGUGAAUGUGGAGAAUUUCGGACAUUACAGAAAAAUCUUUGGUCUUGUUGUCAUACCUGAAAAGACGAGUAAAACUACGAAAUUCAUAAUAAAAUACCUGGUGAACCUUGUCAUGCCAAUAAUCAAAAUCUGAUGAACAUUGUCAUUGAAACACCCAAAACCUGGCGAAUGAAAACAGCACAGCGUGUUGAUAGCAUGUAUUAGCGGUAUUAGUGUACUUAAUUGGAAUGCAUUCGAUUACCUGAUUUAAAAAAAAUUAUCAAUUUUAUUAUCAAUUGUCGAAUGGUGACCGUUGCGUUCAGUUGUUGAUAACGUUUGGAUGUGGUGACACUUGUGACUUUUCUUCGUGACUGGAAGAUGCCAGCGCUCGGUUGCGAGAUGGCAGCUUCUCAAGACAUUUACGGGCCGUACCUCUGCCCGGGUGCUGAAUACGUACCGGGAUCAUUUAUGUGGGAGAAGCAUCAGAAUAACAUAUUUUCUAUGCACUCGCAUAAGAGCUCUACGGAAAGUGGCCGAUGUAACCCUAUGCUGACAUAUAGUACAGAUAGUGAUAUGCAACUGGAGACCAGCAGCAGCGAGGCGAGUGCAACUAGUUCUAUAACACUGUCGCAACACUGCGCCAUCUGCGGGGACCGGGCCACUGGGAAACACUACGGGGCCUCAUCCUGCGACGGGUGCAAAGGCUUCUUUAGACGUAGCGUUAGAAAGAAUCAUCUGUACACAUGCAGAUUCAGCAGAAAUUGCGUCGUAGAUAAAGACAAAAGAAAUCAAUGCAGAUACUGUAGGCUAAGGAAGUGUUUCAAGGCUGGCAUGAAAAAAGAAGCCGUACAAAACGAAAGAGACCGCAUCAACUGCAGGAGACCUUCGUAUGAGGAGCCCACACAGGCGAACGGCCUGUCAGUAGUGUCGCUGCUAAACGCUGAACUGCUUAGUAGAAAGGUCAUAGAUGAAACAAACAACGUAACUGAUGCCGAGAUCAACAACCGCAAGUUGGCGAAGAUUAACGACGUUUGCGACUCCAUUAAGCAACAGCUGCUGAUACUGGUGGAGUGGGCCAAGUACAUCCCCGCCUUCACCGAGUUGCAUCUCGACGAUCAGGUGGCACUGUUGCGCGCGCACGCGGGCGAACACCUACUACUGGGGUGCGCGCGACGAUCACUCCACCUUUCGGACGUGCUGUUGCUAGGCAACAACUGUAUCAUCACCAAACACAACAUCGAUGGCAGAAUGGACAUAGACAUAAGUAUGAUCGGCAUCCGGGUGAUGGACGAGAUCGUCAAGCCGCUGCGAGAGAUCGACAUCGAUGACACUGAGUUCGCUUGCCUCAAGGCCAUCGUCUUCUUUGACCCAAACGCUAAAGGCCUAUCUCAACCGCACAAGAUCAAGCAGCUCCGCUAUCAGAUCCAGAUCAACUUGGAGGACUACAUAAGUGACCGGCAAUACGACGGUCGCGGUCGGUUCGGCGAACUGCUUCUAUGUUUGCCGCCGCUGCAGAGUAUCACGUGGCAGAUGAUCGAGCAGAUACAAUUCGCCAAGCUAUUCGGUGUUGCACACGUUGAUAGCCUCUUACAGGAGAUGUUGCUAGGGGGUGCAUCAACAGAGGCGACGUUGGACGAGGCGACCGCGGAGGUGCCGGCGCCAUCGCCGCUGUCGGCCGGGUCGCCGCCACUCGUGCCGCAACUGCCGCUACCUGAGCCCGCUUUGUUCGACGCCGUGCCAUUCAAACAGGAGCCUAACACGAGCCCCGAGCAUCCCUCGCGAGUUAUGAAGACAUCGGACAUUACACUGUUAUAGUCAUCUAUCAGCAUAGAAAUAAAAUAUGUAAUAUUAGGGACGCGAGGCAUUAUUAUUAUUAUUUAUAAUUAAAAUUCUACGAUAAAAACGUAUUGUAAAGAAAUUAUAAAAUUUAUAUUUAUUAUAUGAUAUCAUGUCAUAAAUUAGGCAGCUGUAUUGAAAGCGAAUAACAUAAAAGUAAAUGUUCACUUAUAAACUCGUUUAGUGCGCAGGAGUUCAUUAUGAGGUAAAUUAUCGGAGAUGAGCUGUGCUGUACGAAGCCAGUAAUUUUCCCGAACUAUGGAGUAAUCUUUGUGCCUUUAACAAUAAAGUUUAUGUAGUUAUCAAAGCUUAACCGCGGUUAAAUUCGUAUAUCUUAAACCAAGAUUUAUAUCGUUACAUAUGCCCUUCUCUCUAACUAAGAAUUUUUGGAAACACUGUUAAAAUGUUUCCCAGUCAACGUGUUAAUUUUCUUAUUAAUGUAAAGAUUACGGUUUUAAUAAAUAUCGGCAUUACAUAUCAAAACAGUGAGUUUUUCUGUUUUAGGGUUUUAACGAUUUACAUCUUUGAUUGUUAUUGAUUAACUGUCAAUUGUUUGAUCUUUGAUCGAUUAUUGAUCACUGAUCAUGUUUACUGUAGUGACAUGAAUAUGUAUUGUAAAUGCAUUUUGCAUGUUAAAUAUUUUACAGAUGAAAUAUAGAUUUUUAUACAUUUUGGAGCAAUUUUUUAUGUAUUAACAUUAAGAAUGUGAAAGUGCAAUUAUUUGUUUUCACUUGGCUGUGUGAGUAAAAUAUAUGUUUGAAUAAAAUCCUGUUGUUAAUACAUUAUGCACACGUGGGAAUUUAAAACAUCAAAGAAAUUUAAAUCGGUGAUAUGGAUCAGAUGCCACAACUCCUUGUUAACUUAAUUACUUUUUCUUCUUAAGCUUGUUAUGAAUAGUCUCGAAAUAGUCAUAGUUUAUUAGUAGUACCAGUUACACAUAUUUUUGUACACAUAUUUUUUACUCUUUAUGAUCAAAAACUCAAGUUUGCACAAAAUAUGCCUACAUUACGUAACCAAGAGAAGUCUGAAACCUGACGAAAGGUUCUCAAAAUGUUUCAAAUGUUCGGUUUAUUUUAAUGUUAAAACAAAAUUUCGGAUAAAUUAAGUUACCAUUAUUGAUAUGAAUAGAAGGUAGGUGAUGGUUAUGAAUUUUCUGUUAUUUUUUUCUUGUUUGCUUGACUUACUAAGAAAUUAGGGGACUUAUUUAGCGUUAGUUGCCGUUAACUUUAUUUGUGAAAAUUGUAUUACAUCACACAUGUAUCGACGGUAUUCACGAAAUUUUAAAGUAUUCGUAAUUUUAUUGGCUAUUGAAUAUAGUUCAAGCAAUCUUAUUAAAACUUUCAUAUAUUGGCGAUGUCGCGACACGUCAUAUUUUUUACCUUUGGUGUGUCUUUUUAUGCAUUGCUAUAUUUAAGAUUAAUCUUAAUAAUAUAUGAUAAAGCUGAUCGCACAUUUUGUGAACGCAUCGAAUUUUUGAUAUCUGUAUAAAUUAUGAUUCGGCAUUUCGAUGAAACGGAAACUUUCAGGAAUUGUAUUUCAUACAAACACUUAUUCUCACGUAGCCCCUUACAGCUGAUUAAAUUAAUUGGUAUUUUGCACCCUGUUUUGUGUUAAGAAAUACUCAGUGCAAGUACAGCUAGCAUAGGCAGGAGACAAAAAUUUUAUCCCCGAUUUGAACCACUGACAAGGGAUAAAAUUUAUUUGUUCACCUGCGAAUGGACGGUAACGGAAAAGGAACAGUUUACCACCGUUUGAUAUUUCCAUCCA